GAGAGAGAGGGAAAGAGGAAGCGCGAGGGCAGGAAAGAUAAGAGCAGAUGCAGAGUGCCUGAGAGAACCAGAGACGUACAGAGGAAAGAACACGCAAGGGAGCGACUGGAGUGGAGUGCACGGGACAACUUUACCCCGCUCUGCUGGAUCUCAUCUCUACGGCUCCGUUAGCCUCAAGUUAGCAGCAGCACUGAACACGAGACUGCAUUGCUGGUGCGCCAACAGUGUUCCCAUAUGAGUAAUAUUGAACUGAAACCAAGGGAGGGACGGUUCUGCGCGUGGUGAAAACAUAGCAGAGGAACGACGGCGUCCAAACCUGAAGACCGGAUCCAUAGAAGCAGUGGCCGUGUGAUUCAGCUAACCACCCAGUGGGAGAAGAGCAGCGAUAGAAGUGUAACUGUGCGACGGAGAUGAGAGCCAAGGUGUGUUGUGGGAAGGGAGAAGAGGAUAUUACCUUUCAAUCUAGGGGCAGCACUGGGCAGAGGCAUGGGGAGGUUGUUUUACUCAGAGAUGUGCAGAGCACCUCCGUCCUCCUCUAAAACGACUUGAACUGGGAAUAGAUAAAGCCUCUUGAAGACUGCACUUCGUCUCAGAGCAUGAAGCUGGUUGUAACAUACAGGCAGGACUGACAUCUGACAAGCAAUUUAAAGUGACUUGAAUGGAAGUACAGCACCAGCCCAGGUGUAGUUCCCCCAGGAACUCCCGACACAUCGCCACUGUCAUCUGCAAUAAAGGUUUGUUCGCACACGACAAGCACCUGACCAGGUGUCACCGCUGCCCAAGUGAGGUGGUGCACACAGCCACCAUGCAGUGGAGGAGGCGCUACUGCUGCACGCACGUUGCCAGGCUCCUGUCUCUCCUCUCCUUGCUGGUGGUCCUGGUCAUCUUGCGUCAUCAGGACUGGCUGCCGGGCAUCAAGGGCCCAACAUUGCGGAGGGAGAACCCAGUGGCUUACACCGAGGGAGGACUGCACUCCAUAGACAAAGGAAAUCACAGCUCCUCACAGAUUCAAUUGAGGGAUGCACCGGUUCCCCCUGCACCUCCGAAAAUGAAUGCCAACCUCAGUUCCCCUCAGGCGGACUCCUCUCCGCAGCGGGUCACAGGACUGGAGAGCUCGCUGGCGACUAAUGCUAACUUGAGCGGAGAGGUCGGGCUAGGGGGCCUGCUGACAUUGGAACCCUACACUUACAUCAUCAACGAGCCCAACAAGUGCCAGGAGGGCGACCCAGAACCCUUACUGGUGCUGCUGAUAGCCACGGAGGCCCAGCAGGUGGAGGCCAGGGAGGCCAUCCGGCAAACAUGGGGAAACGAGAGCGUGGUCCCAGGCCUUGUCCGGCUUUUCUUGCUGGGUGUGAAGGAGGGCGAGGUGGGUCGCCUGCAGCAGAGCAGCCUUGAGGCAGAGAGCAGGAGGCACCGUGACAUCAUCCAGCAGGACUUCAUGGACACAUACAACAACCUGACCAUCAAAACCCUGAUGGGCAUGCACUGGGUGGCCGCGCACUGCCCAGGCGCCAAUUACAUCAUGAAGACAGACAGUGACAUGUUUGUCAACACCGAGUAUCUCGUCCACAAGCUGCUCCAGCCAAAGAAUCAGCCAAAACGUGACUAUUUCACAGGCUACUUGAUGAAGGGCUAUGCACCCAACAGGAAUAAGAACAGCAAGUGGUACAUGUCCCAUGAGCUGUAUCCCAGCGAGAGGUACCCCACCUUCUGCUCAGGAACUGGUUACGUGUUCUCGGGGGACCUGGCGGGGAAGAUCUACAGGGCCUCUCUAGGCAUUCGCAGGCUGCAUCUGGAGGACGUCUACACGGGCAUCUGCCUGGCAAAGCUGCGGAUCGAACCCACACCGCCACCCAAUGAGUUCCUGUUCAACCACUGGCGGGUGUCCUACUCCAGCUGCAAGUACAGCCACCUUAUCACCUCCCACCAGUUUCACCCCAACGAACUGCUCAAGUACUGGCACCACCUGCAGCGCAACAAGCACAACGCCUGCAUCAACACAUUCAACGACUAGAUAGGCAGGUUUCACCAGAGACUGCAUGGGUGCAGCCUAAUUGGUGACAGAGGAUCAAGGGUGAUGUUAGAUCAUGGCCUGUGCAGAGUCACUGGCUAGAUGUAACCGAGUAAAGUACGUUUUUUGGACAAACUAAUGGUUGAGGACAGCCAUUUUUUUUACUGGCUCUCCAGUUCAUAUUUUGUUUUGUUUAAUAUAUUAAUUGGGGGGAAAAAAACUGUAUGCAUCGGUAGAGAGGAAGACCUGAAUUAAAGCCGCUACACAAACAGCGCAAUGGGAGUGUCACAUACAGGCCGUUCCAACAUUUAAGCCACACAAAAGUACAAUGAACAACGUGUGAAAAUAAUGCUCCAUCGCUGCUGUGUUUGCGUGAAGGGCCCAUUAUAUUUCAACAGUGGAUACUGAUAAAUGUUAGACUGUAUUGGUGGACUGUCAAGGUCUGGUAUCCAUUUUGCUCAACUUGGAUUUAACUAAUGUCCUGUUUUUAUAUAUAUAUAUUUUUUAAAUGUUGGGGCAGCAGGGUAGCCUAGUGGUGAGAGCGUUGGACUCGUAACCGGAAGGUUGCAAGUUCAAAUCAGUCGUUCUGCCCCUGAACAGGCAGUUAACCCACUGUUCCGAGGCAGUCAUUGAAAAUAAGAAUUUGUUCUUAACUGAUUUGCCUAGUUAAAUAAAGGUUUUUAAAAAUGUUUAAAAAAGAGCCUUCAAAGGUACUUCAAUUAUUCACCAAAAAGAUCUUUGGCCAUACUUGAGCAUAUAAACCACUUCUAGUGCCAUAUAAAAAAUGUGAAGUAUCAAAACCCAAAAGGAACAUUGAAUAAUCUCACAAGUAGCAGUUGACAUGGAGGAAGAAUGAAAGACCGGAUAUAUGCAAGAGUAGAGAAUGUGGUUGAGAGAGGAAACAGAUCUGGGUGGAACACAGAGCAUAUAAUUACCACCCGUCAAAUGAGAGUAGAUUGAGGUAUUGGCAGGUAAGAUUGUAUUUCACCAGCCCUAUUAGUAUGUGGUCAAUUUGCAGGGCUCUACAGUGCGAGCAUUACAUAUGCAAACAACAAGUCAAAAGUCAAGUAUAAGCACAUGUGCAAGUUAAAAAAAAAAUAACGCAGUGUCUGUUUACAAAGUAUUUCUGCUGUUUUGUUUCAUAGCUACUAAUAGAUAAUGCUACACCCCAGCUCACACAGCAACAUCGUCUGGCAGGGGAGCUGAGCUCAGUGAAAUACUGAAGUUCAUUUUUGGAGGUGCUGCGAACAGGCAUUUACUUAAGUCUACAAAGUGAGACUUUGUCC